GCCGCCACCUCUUUUGCAAGCUUGCAUCGCGAGAAACUGGAGCCAAGGAAAGAGAGCAGAAAGAUUCGUCUUCCAUCGUCGCCGCGGAAGGGGAUUGUCUUGGAGUUGUUUUUCUUUCGUCUCUUCUUUUUCAGGACCUUCUCUUUAUCACUGACGCGAUUUUUGACCCAUAAUCCAACUGAUGAAUCCGGUGUCAGGCAGGAUUCUCGCAUCUGAGUCUUGACGCGACUUCACGUCAACCCCCGGAGAAGAGCGAGCUGAAGAGCGCCCCUUCUCUUCAGCGUCAAUCACAAUGGCAUCGCUGCCUCCUCCCCCUCCUCCCGGAUGGGGUGCGUCUGCGCCGCCCUCGAUGCCGAUGGCGCCGCCGCCCCCAGGAUAUCAACCCCCGGCCGACCCAACCGUCGCAAAGUUUGCCCAGAAGAAGACAGAAUGGCUACGGACGCAACGGAAUCGCUUCGGCGAGAAGCGCAAGGGCGGGUUUGUUGAAUCACAAAAGGCCGACAUGCCCCCGGAGCAUCUUCGCAAGAUUGUCAAGGACAUCGGUGACGUGUCUCAGAAAAAAUUCAGCAACGAGAAGCGCAGCUAUCUCGGAGCUCUCAAGUUCAUGCCCCAUGCCGUUCUGAAGCUGCUGGAGAAUAUGCCCAUGCCGUGGGAGUCCACGAGGGAGGUUAAAGUUUUGUAUCAUGUCAACGGAUGUUUGACCCUUGUUAAUGAAACGCCAAGGGUCAUCGAGCCGGUCUUUCAUGCCCAGUGGGCUACGAUGUGGGUGUGCAUGCGAAGGGAAAAGAGCGACCGGAGACACUUCAAGCGAAUGCGAUUCCCGCCCUUUGAUGAUGAGGAACCCCCGCUUUCUUGGUCGGAGAAUAUCGAGGAUGUUGAGCCGCUGGAGCCUAUCCAGAUGGAACUCGACGAGGUGGAAGAUGGCCCCGUCUACGAAUGGUUCUACGACCACCGACCUCUCCUUGAUACGCCACAUGUCAAUGGACCGAGCUAUAGGAAGUGGAACUUGGAUCUUCCGCAGAUGGCUACGCUAUAUCGACUAAGUCAUCAGCUUCUGAGUGACGUUGUCGACCAAAACUAUUUCCACCUGUUCGAUCUCAACAGCUUCCUCACUGCGAAGGCGCUGAAUGUUGCCAUCCCCGGUGGUCCAAGAUUCGAGCCGCUCUACAAAGACAUUGAUCCCAAUGAUGAGGACUUUAGCGAGUUCAACGCCAUCGACCGUAUCAUCUUCCGCGCGCCGAUUCGAACCGAAUACCGUGUCGCAUUCCCAUUCCUGUACAAUACCCUCCCGAGAAGCGUCAAGGUUUCUUGGUACUCUCACCCUCAAGUUGUCUAUGUCCGAACCGAUGAUCCCAACCUCCCCGCCUUUUACUUCGACCCUGUUAUUAACCCUAUCUCUUCCCGCUCCGUUGCCCCCAAGAAUAUCACUGUUAGUCAUGAGGAUGAGAUCUUUGGCUCUGAGAACGAGGACGACUUUGAGCUUCCCGGGGAUGUUGAGCCCUUCUUUGGCGACGAAGAGCUCUACACGCCCGAAACUGCUUCCGCUAUCGCUCUGUGGUGGGCUCCUCACCCGUUCAACAAGCGCUCUGGAAAGAUGGUUCGUGCUCAGGACGUGCCGCUCGUGAAACAGUGGUAUCUGGAGCACUGCCCUCAGGGACAGCCCGUCAAAGUUCGCGUGUCGUACCAGAAGCUUCUCAAGACAUACGUGCUCAACCAGCUUCACCAGAAGAAGCCCAAGGCCCAGAGCAAGCAGGACCUUCUCAAAACGCUCAAGUCGACCAAGUUCUUCCAGCAGACAACGAUCGACUGGGUCGAGGCCGGCCUCCAGGUCUGCCGUCAAGGUUUCAACAUGUUGAACCUCUUGAUUCAUCGCAAGAACCUGACAUACCUGCAUCUCGAUUACAAUUUUAACUUGAAGCCUGUCAAAACAUUGACCACCAAGGAGCGGAAGAAGUCUCGUUUCGGAAACGCCUUUCACUUGAUGCGCGAAAUCCUGCGCUUGACCAAGUUGAUUGUCGAUGCCCAGGUUCAAUACCGUCUUGGCAACAUCGAUGCUUUCCAGCUUGCUGACGGUAUUCUCUACGCCUUCAACCACGUUGGACAGCUCACUGGUAUGUACCGUUACAAGUACAAACUGAUGCACCAGAUUCGUUCCUGCAAGGAUUUGAAGCAUUUGAUAUACUACCGUUUCAACUCUGGGCCCGUUGGUAAAGGGCCCGGCUGUGGUUUCUGGGCUCCAGCCUGGCGUGUGUGGCUCUUCUUCAUGCGCGGUAUCAUCCCCUUGCUCGAGAGAUGGCUUGGAAACUUGCUCUCUCGUCAGUUCGAAGGUCGUCACAGCAAGGGUGUCGCAAAGACGGUAACCAAGCAGCGUGUCGAGUCUCACUUUGAUCUGGAACUUCGUGCUUCCGUCAUGGCCGACUUGAUGGACAUGAUGCCCGAGGGUAUCAAGCAGAACAAGGUCAACACUGUACUUCAGCAUCUUUCAGAAGCAUGGAGGUGCUGGAAAAGUAAUAUUCCUUGGAAGGUGCCUGGUCUUCCUGCGCCUAUUGAAAAUAUUAUCCUUCGGUACGUCAAGAGCAAGGCCGACUGGUGGAUUUCAGUAGCCCACUACAACCGUGAGAGAAUUCGGCGUGGUGCUACGGUGGACAAGACGGUUGCAAAGAAGAACUUGGGUCGUCUUACCCGUUUAUGGCUCAAGUCCGAGCAAGAACGGCAGCACAACUACCUCAAAGACGGCCCUUAUGUGUCGUCCGAGGAGGCCGUCGCCAUUUACACGACCAUGGUGCACUGGCUCGAGUCGCGCAAGUUUACGCCAAUUCCAUUCCCGAGCGUGUCCUACAAGCAUGACACCAAGAUUCUGAUUCUUGCUUUGGAACGUCUGCGCGAGUCUUACUCUGUCAAGGGCCGUUUGAACCAAAGCCAGCGUGAGGAACUUGCUCUUAUCGAACAAGCAUAUGAUUCUCCCGGAACCACUCUAGCCAGAAUUAAGCGUUUCCUUUUGACUCAACGUGCUUUCAAGGAAGUCGGGAUCGACAUGAACGACAACUAUAACAAUAUCAACCCCGUCUACGAUGUCGAGCCUAUUGAGAAGAUCACAGACGCUUAUCUUGAUCAGUACCUUUGGUACCAGGCUGAGCAGCGCCACCUGUUCCCGGCGUGGAUUAAGCCUUCCGACUCCGAAGUCCCCCCUCUGUUGACGUACAAGUGGGCGCAAGGAAUCAACAACCUUUCCAACGUCUGGGAGACCGCUGAUGGCGAGACGAACGUCAUGAUCGAGACGGAGCUUUCCAAGGUCUACGAAAAGAUCGAUCUCACACUCCUCAACAGACUGCUCCGUUUGAUCAUGGACCACAACUUGGCGGAUUACAUUACCUCCAAGAACAAUGUGCAGCUGAGUUACAAGGACAUGAACCACACGAACAGCUAUGGUCUAAUCCGUGGUCUCCAAUUCUCCGGCUUCGUCUUCCAGUUCUACGGAUUGAUGAUCGACUUGCUCCUUCUCGGCCUGCAACGAGCUAGCGACAUGGCUGGACCUCCUCAGAGCCCCAACGACUUUUUGCAGUUCCGAGACCGUGCUACCGAGCAGAGGCACCCUAUCCGGCUGUACACCCGUUAUGUCGACAAGAUCUGGGUCUUUUUCCGAUUCAACGCAGACGAGUCGCGUGAUCUUAUCCAGCGAUUCUUGACGGAGAAUCCGGAUCCCAACUUCGAGAACGUCAUUGGGUACAAGAACAAAAAGUGCUGGCCCCGAGACUGCCGGAUGCGCUUGAUGCGCCAUGAUGUUAAUCUGGGUCGUGCUGUCUUCUGGGAUUUGAAAAACCGUCUUCCAAGGUCCAUUACUACGAUCGACUGGGAUGACACGUUCUCCAGCGUGUACAGCAAGGAUAACCCUAACCUGCUGUUCUCGAUGUCUGGAUUUGAAGUCCGAAUCCUCCCCAAGAGCCGCAACCAAAAUGAAGAGUUCUCCGUCAAGGACAGCGUUUGGUCUCUGGUCGACAACUCCACCAAGGAACGCACGGCACACGCUUUCCUGCAGGUCACCGAGGAGGAUAUUCAAAAGUUUAAUAACCGCAUCCGACAGAUUCUCAUGUCGUCCGGUUCAACUACCUUUACAAAGAUCGCCAACAAGUGGAACACGGCACUGAUUGCCCUUUUCACCUACUACCGUGAAGCCGCCGUGUCGACUGUUAACCUGCUCGACACAAUUGUCAAGUGCGAAACCAAGAUCCAGACACGUGUCAAGAUUGGCCUCAACUCCAAGAUGCCUUCUCGUUUCCCCCCUGCUGUCUUUUACACACCAAAGGAACUUGGGGGUCUGGGUAUGAUUUCAGGCUCUCACAUCCUCAUCCCCGCGAGCGACAAGCGCUGGUCCAAGCAAACUGACACAGGAAUUACUCACUUCCGUGCGGGUAUGUCACAUGACGAGGAGACCUUGAUCCCCAACAUCUUCCGCUACAUCAUCCCCUGGGAGGCCGAAUUCAUCGACUCGCAACGCGUUUGGAUGGAAUACUCCCAAAAGCGACAGGAAGCACAGCAGCAAAACCGUCGUCUCACCCUGGAGGAUCUGGAGGACAGCUGGGACCGUGGUCUCCCGCGUAUCAACACCCUGUUCCAGAAGGACCGCAGUACCCUAAGUUUCGACAAGGGUUUCCGACUACGCGCUGAAUUCAAGCAAUACCAGCUCAUGAAGAGCAAUCCUUUCUGGUGGACGAGCCAGCGGCACGAUGGAAAACUCUGGAAUCUGAAUGCUUACCGUACCGACGUUAUACAGGCGCUGGGUGGUGUAGAGACCAUUCUUGAGCACACCUUGUUCAAAGCAACAGCUUUUCCGUCCUGGGAGGGCCUCUUUUGGGAAAAAGCCUCGGGCUUCGAAGAGUCGAUGAAGUUCAAAAAGCUCACCAACGCCCAACGGUCCGGUCUAAACCAAAUUCCGAACCGAAGAUUCACCCUCUGGUGGUCUCCUACGAUCAAUAGAGCCAAUGUAUAUGUUGGUUUCCAGGUCCAAUUGGACCUUACUGGCAUUUUCUUGCAUGGCAAGAUCCCAACGUUGAAGAUAUCCCUCAUCCAGAUUUUCCGGGCGCACUUGUGGCAGAAGAUCCACGAAUCAGUGGUCAUGGAUCUGUGUCAGGUCUUUGAUCAAGAACUCGAACAGUUGGGCAUCGAAGCAGUCCAGAAAGAAACGAUUCAUCCACGUAAGUCAUACAAGAUGAACAGUUCAUGUGCGGACAUCCUACUUUUCGCCACAAACAAGUGGAAUGUGACCCGGCCGUCUAUUCUAUUUGAUACCAAGGACGUUUACGAGCCCACUACGACCAAUAAGUUCUGGCUUGAUGUGCAGUUGCGGUAUGGUGACUACGAUUCCCACGAUAUUGAGCGAUAUGUCCGCGCCAAGUAUCUUGACUACACAACCGACAGCAUGAGCAUUUACCCUUCUGCGACGGGUCUUAUGAUCGCAAUUGACCUUGCUUAUAACCUCUAUUCCGCCUACGGGCAGUAUUUCCCUGGUCUCAAGACUUUGGUACAACAAGCCAUGGCCAAGGUUAUGAAGGCUAACCCUGCCCUGUAUGUCUUGAGAGAACGUAUCCGAAAGGGUCUGCAGCUCUAUGCUUCCGAGAGCAACCAGGAGUUCCUCAACUCGCAAAACUACUCGGAACUUUUCAGCCCGCAGAUCCAGCUCUUCAUUGACGAUACUAAUGUCUACCGUGUCACCAUCCACAAGACAUUUGAGGGUAACCUUACGACCAAGCCUAUCAACGGUGCCAUCUUUAUCUUCAACCCUAGGACUGGUCAGUUGUUCCUGAAGAUUAUCCACACUAGCGUUUGGGCUGGACAGAAACGUCUUGGCCAGCUUGCCAAGUGGAAGACAGCAGAAGAAGUAGCGGCCCUAAUUCGGUCUCUGCCCGUCGAAGAACAGCCCAAGCAGCUCAUUGUUACUCGCAAGGGUCUUCUUGAUCCCCUCGAGGUUCACCUGCUUGAUUUCCCUAACAUCUCUAUCCGUGCUUCCGAACUUCAAUUGCCUUUCCAGGCUGCCAUGAAGGUCGAGAAGCUCGCAGAUAUGAUCUUGCGUGCUACGGAGCCUCAAAUGGUUCUCUUCAAUCUCUACGAUGAGUGGCUCAAGACCAUUUCACCGUACACCGCCUUCUCACGAUUGAUCUUGAUUCUGCGAGCUCUUCAUGUCAACAUUGACAAGGCGAAGAUCAUUCUUCGUCCCGACAAAAGUGUUAUCACCUUGGAACACCACAUCUGGCCUUCGCUCACCGAUGAAGGCUGGAUGAAGGUUGAAGUCCAGCUGCGUGACUUGAUUCUCAAUGACUAUGGCAAGAAGAACAACGUCAAUGUCCAGAGUUUGACCAGCAGUGAAGUCCGAGACAUCAUUCUUGGUAUGGAAAUCAGUGCACCUUCGUUGCAGCGGCAACAGGCAGCAGAAAUCGAGAAGCAGCAGGAAGAGCAGAAGCAGCUGACGGCUGUGACGACAAAGACGCAAAAUGUCCGCGGUGAGGACAUCAUUGUCACCACCACGUCGCAGUAUGAGCAGCAGUCAUUCGCGUCGAAGACUGAGUGGCGUACCCGAGCGAUUGCGACAUCCAAUCUCCGCACUAGGGCGAACAACAUCUACAUUUCUUCAGAUGAAAUCCGCGAAGAGGGUUACACGUACAUCAUGCCCAAGAACAUUCUAAAGCGGUUCAUCAUGAUUGCCGAUCUCCGGGUGCAAGUUGCUGGAUACCUGUACGGUAGCUCGCCACCAGACAACGACCAGGUCAAGGAAGUUCGGACCAUUGUCAUGAUCCCGCAGGUCGGUAAUACUCGCGAGGUUCAACUUCCGCAGCAGCUCCCACAACACGAUUAUCUCGCCAACCUGGAGCCCCUGGGAGUCAUCCACACUCUUUCCGGAAAUGAACCGCCGUACAUGACAGCGCAAGAUGUGACUCAGCACUCGCGUCUGAUGAACGCUCAUUCGUCUUGGGAUAAGAAAACGGUAACCAUGACCGUUUCGUUCACACCGGGCUCCGUCUCGCUGGCAGCAUGGGGUCUCACGCCUCAGGGUUACAAGUGGGGUGCCGAGAACCGGGAUACCACGUCGGACCAACCGCAGGGCUUCUCAACCAGCAUGGGCGAAAAGUGCCAAUUGCUACUGAGCGACAAGAUCCGUGGAUAUUUCCUCGUGCCAGAGGACAAUGUGUGGAAUUACAGCUUCAUGGGAAGCGCAUAUGGAAGUGUCGAGAAACGACCGGUUUAUGUCAAGAUUGACACGCCGCUGCGGUUCUACGAUGAUCAACAUCGUCCGCUUCAUUUCCAGAAUUUCGCCGAGCUGGAGGAUAUCUGGGUUGAUCGAUCUGAUAACUUUGCUUAAGCGAUCGCUGCGGGCGUUGAUCGUUUACCUAUUGAUUUUCUUCAUGUUUUAUCCCCUGCAAUAAUACAUCUGUGAUAAACCCUUUCUUGCAUGUGUUUCGUUAUGACGAUCUUAUUAAGGAUGGCGGGGAAAAGCUAGCGAGGCUGGGGAUGACAUUGCGGCCUCUUUGUAUGUAUAGUACGUUACUAAGUCAACAGUAUAUUCAUUGGCCAAGUCUUGGAACCGACCGAAGGAUGGUUGACUUCGGGGCAUGUAGAGAGGCGAAGAGCUCAUGAGGCACCACCGUGCCCACUGUGGCUUCAGCCAUCCAUUCUCCUGCCCUUUCAAGCCAGUUUGAAUAAUCAAUAGCAUCAUCAUUGUCUCCGAUCGUAUCCGAAGCCAUCUUAUCCUCCGCGAGAAUGGUCUGGGUCCCUGGCAGUCUGGACCAGCUUUCAUUUCCUGCUUCGGGCCAACCAGCUGGCGUGGGGGUGUGAUUAUCUGUUUCACCAGUGCUUCAUGGUCUCAACUCAAGCUCGGGACGCAAACCUAAAUUUCGAUCGGAGAAAAGGGAGACCGCAGCAGAAAAGAAAGAAAAAGAGACGGGCGACUGCGCGUAUGCAGGAGACAGUGGACGGAUGAGAAUGCGAUGCAGCCAUGGUGAGCCGUUGGGUUCGAAAAGACCCUCUCUUUUCUCGUCCGUCAUGCUUGCGAUAUUUUCGUGCUCAUCGCUGCUUGUGAGAUGAGAGUCCCAUCGGCGAUGGCUUGCGCUGACGAGCUGACAACAGCCUGGCUGGCAGAGCUGACGCUACGGGGUGUGCAGCAGCUAGCAGCUGGCCGCCCCUGCUGCUGCAACUACGCUUUUCUUAGAUAAAGGCUUUGUGCCCUCCUUCUCGUCAGCUCAUCGGCGGGCAGGCUCGGUUCUCGCUGGAAAUCAGGAUGAUGAUGGUGAUACACUUGGAAUGGUUGCUGUGCUCUGUCCUGCCGUACCGAGCUUGAGCUAGUCGUGAAAGAAGCAUAGGGCGGUGCUCGAGCGACCCCUCCCUCUCUUGUUAUUCUCUGGAGUCUUGUCCGCGUCCGCCAGCCACGGCUUGCUCUUUUGACACACUUGGACGCUAGACCUGGUUUGCUCCGUCCGACCAUUGUCCGGUCUCAUCGAGGGAGGGACAGGCGCCUUUGUUGUUCGUUCCAGGACCCAGAGCCCGAGGGACUAGAACAAUGGGGCCAGAAUAAGGCUGUCUGAGGCUCACGGCGAAGGGUCACGGUCUCCAGGCGAAGAAUUCCAAGAGUAAAAAGGUUGCCUUCCUAUCGCCAGGGCAAAACAUGGGAAAUUUUGAUUGCCGGGCAUCUUCCUUCAGCGGAAGAGGGGAGAGAGACAAAAGGCCGGGGGCUGGUUGCUGCUGUUGGACCGUCGCGCGACUCCGGAGUAUGCGCGAUAUAGUUGACGGCGCCACAUACAACGGUGUUCCUUCAUCCGGACGGCUCCAUCUCGAUCAGUCGCAAUGCAGUUGUCGCGUAUAGGACCCUCGGGUUCGAGUAUCAAAUGUAUGGAGUAUCGCGAGACCUCCCGUGCCUGGUCAUCUAGAUAUCCUUCGAGUCAAGCGAUGAUGGGGUGCAAGGCUAGAUUCUCUUCUUCGCAACCUGGAUGAUACACCCCCCCCCAUGGACUGCGCCAGAAUCAAACCCCCUCUCCUCGUGGGUGACUCGCCGACAGGUGCUUCCGAUGAGCCAGUACUGGCGUCUCUUGCUGGUGGAGUUGCUGCGGCGACGUACGACAGGUCCUUGACCUGACAGGGGUGGGAUUCCUGAGCUAGUUAAAGCACGCCCAGCCGCAGGUUUGAUUCCCUUACUCCGAAACCCACCAGCCUGCUCUCUCCCACGUUCGCAUCCAAUAAGCUAACUCGAGAUGUUGCUAGGACUGCGAAUGGAAUGGGCUUGGAUGUCCCCCCGCUUCUUGGUGAUCACUAAUGGCGUUCUGAGAAAUCGGGCCAAGGACGAUUUCUAGUGAGACGCUCUUCUGUCGUGCUGAGCGUUUCAUGCCACGGCCUUCAUAAUUCGUUUUUCUAACCCGUUUGAUGCUUUUUUCUCUCCUCCUCACCCCGAUUAUUAUUUUUAUUUUCCCUUCCGCCAUGCCCUUGGCGUUCGACCAGAACGGCCCGGUGGAGGGGGUGAAAUGACACUGAGGAAUUCCACCAAAUCGCCUCUUGUGGUAGCAUCCCCAAACGACCGUUGGCGUUGCGACUUGAGUGCUAGAGUCCCUUGGGCCUUCGGCCCUCGUUGCAAGCUAAGCUUGACCAGAGCGCAGAUCCACCAAAUGGGCGAUUUGUCUUUCUUUAUCCACCUGCAUCUCUCGAGUUCUGGCGAUGUACCGCGCCGCUGUGCCCUUUCUCUUUCCAGAAUCUUUCCUUCCCAGUUUCUGGCUGCUGUCGCCCGCGGUCUAGUAUUCAACGCGUUGCUGCACAGGGACUUUGUCUGUAUGCAGGACGGCCGUGACCCUGUUUCCACCUCUAUUCUGGCUCUUCUGGCCGGGCCCCUUUUGCAUAAUAUUCGAUUGUCCAUCCCACAUCUGCAACUUCUAGACGCAACGCGAGUUACGGCUAGUAAGCCGUUUGGAUAAUCCGACUUGCUGCUGAAAGAGCAAACCCAGCCCUUUCCGUCUUCAGAUCUGGCUAACCUGGGCUCUUUUGCUCGGCCGCUUGAAGAAAUACAAGUUAGUAUUUUUGGCACUCCAAAAGUCCGCCCUAGACCCCGGUGAGUACAAACCAUCCCUGAUAUUGACUUUAACGCUCGUCGUUCGUUCUUUCCUUUCUCUUCUCUUUCUCCCUUUACUCUCCCU